CUCAAAGCGACGCUGAACAUGAAUAUUAGUGAACGUAGAGGAAUGCACCAUGGGCAGCGGAAGAACACAGGUUACAUUCAAGAUCCCUCUGUCUCCACUACGACCUUAGAUCCUUACUUUCCUGUCACCAAGCCGAGAAUACGAAAUUGGAGAGCGGACUGUAUUGGAUUAUUCUAUCCUAUUCCAAAUGUGGACACAAAAUCUGAUAGUUUUAAAAACUUUGACAGAGACACAAGUGAUAUAUCUACCUCUAGAGCCUUAAUUUUAGUAUUUAUUAUUUUUAUUUGUUCACUGAUAGCCUUAGGACUCCUUUAUAAACAAUUUCCAGAUAUAGCGGAGCAUGAGAAACAGCAUAUCAAGCUUCCAUGGGACCUAGAAGAUGCUAAGCAAUUAGGUCAGGUCUUAGACAGAUAUAAGGACAAAUAUUUCUAUCAAGUAUUAUUUGCAGUCUUCUUAGUUUAUAUCUUUUUGCAAACAUUUGCAAUACCUGGCUCUAUUUUCUUAAGUAUUCUUUCAGGGUUUUUAUUCCCAUUCUAUCUAGCACUGCUCCUAGUCUGCUGCUGUUCGGCACUUGGUGCUAGUUUGUGUUUUUUCCUCUCAAAUCUCGUUGGGAAAAAGUUGGUAAAAAGAUUCUUCCCUGAGAGAGCAGAAAAGUGGUCGAAAGCAGUGAAAAAGCAUGAGAAUAAUCUGCUUAACUACAUUAUUUUCUUGAGGGUGACACCCUUUUUACCAAACUGGUUUAUUAACAUGUCUGCGCCUGUGAUUGGUGUGCCUUUGAUACCCUUUGCUCUUGGAACUUUUAUAGGUGUAGCACCUCCAUCUUUCGUAGCAAUCCAAGCUGGCCAAACAUUGCACACACUAGCAUCAACAAGUGAUGCAUGGUCAUGGACAUCUGUCACAAUCCUCACUAUUUUCGCACUCUUAUCUCUUGUACCAGUAUUAAUGAAGAAAAAACUAAGGGAAAAGUUUGAUUGAACAGUUUGUUGUUGUUUUUAGUUAAUUUAUUUAGAAUGAUUUUUAUUUUUCGUUAAUAAAUUGGUGUAUUGUACAUUCCAUUUACUCUAAUUUGU